AUGGAUUCCAAGUCUGUUAAGGAUAAAACGGAUUCGCCCACAAGCGCGGAUUUGUAUAACGAGUCCCUGGACUGGAUUCGUUCAAUGAACCUGCAAAUGAAGUCGCCAGGAAACUAUAUAUCAACAAGGCUGGAAUCAGUGUCCCUGGAGCAGCUACACAGAGAGUUUUCUGCUCUUCUGCUCUCGAGUCAAUCGCACGGAACGUCGCUGCUGAGAACGGCGUUCACGAAAGCAACGUCGUACAACGAUAGCCUGAAGAAGAUUAUAAUGUCGCUGUGGCCAGUAAAAGAUAAGGUCUCGGAUUCGUACAAUUUCUGGAAGAACGUGAAGGAUAACUCGUUACAAAUUAACGAGGCAGCACACAGUCGGUUGAACAGACUGUAUGUGAUAUCGUACACGAAGUUGGCAAUAAGGACAAUACUGCAGGCGCGGAGCAACUUUGAAAGUUUGUGCAAUGAGAUCGUGGAGACGUUCUCAGCGCUGCACGUAGAGGACAUAAGCGGAAAGUACUACUCAAAAAUAUCGCACGUAAUCGCAUUGGUGGAGCUGAUAUCGCAGAAGGUAUAUAAGAUGAAUACACUUAUACAAAAUUUAAACACGGAUUAUAACCUGGAGUCGAACUGGGUAUUGUUGGAGUUCGCGCCGAAGGAGAUAAGAAGAAUAUCGAAUCUGAUAGAAAAGUAUAAGUACUACGACCGCAAGAUAGGAGAAAUGCUGAGAGAAUCGAGAAGCAGUAAAUACAUAAUUAAUAAAUCAGGGAACGUGGAUUGUCAGGAUGUCGGAAACGUGAACCUGGUGAUACAAAAGGAAUUGAACGAGUUCUCAAUAGGGAAGUUUGAAAGGGAGGUGGAGAGCCUGGUAAAGUCGCUGACAGUGCUGACGGAAGUGUGCGCAAACAUAGCGUUCAGCAGACUGCAUAAGCUCUACGCGGACCUGAACACGAAAAACAUGGACGCGAUAGUGGAAAACGACGACGCAAUAGAGAAGAACAGAAUAAGAGACGAGAUCAGAAAGUACGUGGCGUCUCUGGUGUCAAUAAUAAGCGGUCAGAGUCAGCUGAGGAGAGGGAACACGAGGGAGCUUGUGGAGAUCUUCAACGAGGUGUUCCUGACGCCGUUCCUGGAGUCGAACAGCGGGUUGUUGCACUCAGGCUCGAGGAAUUUCCUGUCGCUGCAGGAGGAGUCGAGUAACUUCCCGAAGUUCGUGGAGGCGGUGGAAGGCACAAUACUUAACACUAAAAAGAGUUACAUGAUGAGGUUCCUGGAGGACCUGUCGGAGGCGAUGGGCGACGAAAAGUUCAAGAGCAGCUGCGUGCUGGGCCCGGUGGCGAAGGCGGUGCUGAAGGCAGUGGAGGAGAGCUACUCCUCAAUAUUCGCGCCAAUAUACCCGGAGUGCUACGCGGACAACUACAGAUCGUUUGAGAGGCUGCUGACGGCGCUGGAGGUGCACUCGGACAGCUCUCUGAGGAACCUGCUGAAGUGGCGAGGCACGAGUCUGCCGUACAACUUCGCAACGCGCUUCUGCACGGGCGUGAUGUGCGACAACCACAUCGAGAGAGUGCACGCUAGGGUGAGGAGCGAGUUUGAAAAGCACCACGAGCUCGACGGGAACUACCACAAGGCAGGAGAGAGGAGGUUCUUCGAGUCAUCCUCGCUGGUGGUGUACAGCCAGGCGUACGACCUGCUCUCGGAAAGAGACCUUUUCUACCACCUGCUCCCGCAGUACCUGAAGGGGCUCUGGGAGAUGUUCAGGGAGUACAUCGGCCACGUGGACGGCUUCAUAGCACACAUGGAGUCGACGAACAACAGCUCUGACGUUAACGAAAAGGUUAAGUGGCCGUCAGGGCUCUCCUUCGCAUACUCGACCUACGUGCUGAACGACCUGCUGGAGCUGCUGGACGCACUGAAAACGGGGAGUCUGAGGUCGGCAGAGUACGGGGACCGCUCCAUCCGAAUAGACGCGAGAUUUGGGAGCAUUGCCCAGCACAUCCUGAAAAUAGUACAGAAGCCGCUGAGCACAUACCUAUCGCACUACUACAGCAAACACACUAGCACUAGGGGCAACGCCUACCACAGUAGCAGUAAUGCUAAGCCGAUGAAACUGGAUAACGAGCAGCUGAGGGACAUACAAAACUUGUUCGCGUUCACAAUUAAAGCAAUGCAGCUCAUCUGCGAGUUCAUAGGGAACAUUCAGGAUCACAUCAACUUCGUAAAGGAUAAGCUGGACCAAUACCUGGUCAAUUCACUGUACAAUAGCUCAAAGUGUAGUUUGCAGUUUAUACAGUCGCUGUCGUCAAAAUAUAGAACGUCAAACAAGAAUGACACGUAUCAAGUGAGCGACUACGUCAAGUUCCUGGUGGCGCCGAUGGUGUCGUUCAACGAGUUCACGCAGGACAUUAUUCCACAGGAACUCUUGAAGAGCCUGAUGAAGAAAACAAUAGAGCUGGUGUCGACGGACUACGUCAGUCACAUAUCGAGUCUGGUGAAGUCGGUGGAGAACUUGAACUCGUCACUGAUGAACCCGAAGAACGCGUCGCUGAACGAGUACUCGGAGAGCUUCCUAAUAGUCGACAUGGGAAUGCUGAGAAGGCAAAUAAAGAAGGACGUGGAGGAGUUCUACGGAGUCUGCGUUCAGAAGUUCGCAGUUACGAAGGACGAGUGUGGCUCUCUCAAAAAUCUCCUGGAAUAUGCAGAAUAG